CACUUGUCACUUUGUUCUUGUCGUCAAGGUAAAAAACCCAGAAAGUCAAAACUAAACCCCAUGUUCAUUUUGAGUUGUUUGUCACUUCGAUUUCUCCUAAAGUUUUCAAGCUCUGCUAACUUUUGUUUUAGUUGUCUCAUCAAAUUCCCCGAGCUUCACAAAUUUUGAGAUGGGAAAUGGGGUUUUGAGAUGUGUAAUUAUCUUAAUGGUGUUGAUUUUAUCGAUCAUUCGCGGGGCGGUGGGCGUUAGGUUUGUGAUUGAUAGAGAAGAAUGCUUCUCUCAUAAUGCCAAGUACGAAGGUGAUAUUGUUCAUGUUUCUUUUGUGGUGAUCAAGUCCAACAUGCUGUGGCAUCAGAGUGAUGAUGGUGUUGAUCUUGUGAUAAAGGGGCCUUCUGGUGAGCAGAUUCAUGAUUUCCGUGACAAGACUAGUGAGAAGUAUGAGUUUAUGGUUCAGAAGAAUGGCCUCUACCAAUUAUGUUUUACUAACAAGUCUCCUUAUUCUGAAACCAUAGACUUCGAUAUACAUAUUUCCCAUUUUUCAUACCACGAUCAGCAUGCAAAGGAUGAACAUUUCGACCCCUUGUUGGAACAGAUCUCAAAGUUAGAGGAUGCUCUUUAUAACAUCCAGUUUGAACAGCAUUGGUUAGAGGCUCAGACCGACCGCCAGGCAAUAGUGAAUGAAGGAAUGAGUCAGAGGGCGAUUCAAAAGGCAAUGUUCGAAGCAGCAGCACUGAUCGGGGCUAGUGUCCUCCAAGUCUACCUCCUGAAACGCCUGUUUGAACGAAAGCUUGGCACAUCCAGAGUUUAGAUUUUCUACUAUCUUGGCUAUUUAUCUGUUGUAACAUCUUCAGCUUGAAAUGUCAAUGGGGGAGGCAUUUGUUUCCAUUGUUAAAUAGAUUUCUAGCACAUUUAAGCCAAGAGUCGGAGUUAGGUGGAUGCUUCAAGAUCAGGGGUUCAUCAUACAUGUGGCCAUCCAGGCUGUUGGCAAUCAAAACGGACUGUAUUUUUAACUUUCUAUUUUGGUGUCGUAUGACAUUUCUGAGUUUCUUUUCAUCA